AUGCCCGAUCAAAAAUCUCUUCAGAGAAGGCCAUUUAUCAGACGUAAACUUGUCAUUGUAGGGGACGGUGCCGCUGGCAAGACUUCUUUAUUAAACGUCUUCGCCGUUGGUCAUUUCCCCGAUACGUACGAACCAACAGUGUUCGAUAACUAUGUGACGGAGAUUGAAUUGGAUGGUAAACCUGUCCAGUUGGCAUUGUGGGAUACAGCUGGACAAGAAGAAUACGAACGUUUAAGACCAUUAUCAUAUUCCAAAGCACAUGUCAUUCUCAUUGCAUUCUCAGUAGACACUCCCGAUUCCCUGGACAAUGUAACUCAGAAGUGGAUAGAAGAAGUUCGUUCCAUAUGUGGUAAAUCCAUACCAGUCAUAUUGGUCGCUUGUAAAGCAGACUUGCGAGACAAGGCUUUGGCCAAUGGGACAUAUCAUCCUGACAAGUACAUUGAGUCGGAAACUGCCCGAAAGGUCGCAACUUCCAUCGGUGCCAAGGCAUACUACGAGACCUCUUCCCUUCUUAACCAAGGUGUCGACGCGGUAUUCGAAGCCGCCACUCGAGCUGCGGUACUCGUUCGUGAUCAAGGUUACGGCGGGAUCGGACCCGCAUACGAUCGCGAAGGCAACAAAGAGGCUCGAGCGGGUAAACCUACCAAAUCGGGAAGAAAGUCAUGGGGAUGUUGCACUAUACUCUGAAUGAUGUUCAUGCCUCUGAGUCAGACUGUCUCAAGUGUGUUGGGAGGAAAGAAUGAUCUGAGGAAAGGAGGGAACGAUCGGAUUGUCUGAAUCAUCAAGAUAUAAAGCAUCAGUGGGAAAGAAGGAAUGAAAAAGUCUGCACUGCAUCAAGAACACGAGGACGAAGGAUAUGGGGAUAUCAGAUCAAAUGUUUGCAUGAGGGGUUGUAUCACAUACUGUACUCGUAACCUCCUGGUUGAAGGGGAUAAUGCCGUGAGGGCGGUUGUUAGAUAUGACAUAGGGAUGAGGUACGACAAUGACUGCAUGAAUAUAGACAUGAACGAUU